GGAUAGGGUGAGAUAUGAGGUUAGAAAUUGUAUCUCUACAGACUAUAGAUACAAAAUGUUGUGUUGUAGAUAGAUAAAGGAGAACACACACUCACACAAAACACACAAUCUCCUUGUUAUUAUCUCAUCUCUCCCAAAAUUCUCCAAACCCCUCUUGUUUGCUGGAAGCAAAAAUGGCGAUUUCAGCUCUAUCUUCUUCUAUAAACCUCAUAAACCCUGCAAACCCUAACCCUAAUUCCGCCUUUUCUCCGACAAGUUCACGGAAAUUUAUCCUCACCUCCUCUUUUCUCGCCAACCCAUCAACGUUGUCCUCCCAAUUUCAAACACCCACCUCCCCGUUUCGCUCACGCGCCACCAGGCUGACCGUACGCGCAGCGCGUGGGAAAUUCGAAAGGAAGAAACCCCAUAUCAAUAUAGGCACAAUUGGGCACGUUGACCAUGGGAAAACCACUCUGACUGCUGCGUUGACCAUGGCGCUUGCUGCUAUGGGAGGGUCUGCACCCAAGAAGUACGAUGAAAUUGAUGCUGCUCCUGAGGAGAGAGCGCGUGGGAUUACUAUUAAUACAGCUACUGUUGAGUAUGAGACUGAGAGUAGGCAUUAUGCUCAUGUGGAUUGUCCAGGGCAUGCUGAUUAUGUCAAGAAUAUGAUUACAGGGGCUGCGCAGAUGGACGGAGCGAUUUUAGUGGUUUCGGGUGCUGAUGGGCCAAUGCCACAGACUAAAGAACACAUUUUGUUGGCGAAACAAGUGGGGGUUCCGAAUAUGGUUGUUUUCUUGAAUAAAGAGGAUCAGGUUGAUGAUGCCGAGCUUUUGGAGCUUGUGGAGUUGGAGGUUAGGGAGGAAUUGAAUAAGUAUGAGUUUCCAGGGGAUGAUAUUCCAAUUGUGUCAGGAUCAGCAUUGUUGGCAUUGGAAGCACUGAUGGAGAAUCCCGCGAUUAAGAGAGGGGACAAUGAGUGGGUUGACAAGAUUUAUGCUUUGAUGGAUAAUGUUGAUAGUUAUAUUCCUAUUCCACAGAGGCAGACUGAGUUGCCCUUCUUAAUGGCAAUUGAGGAUGUUUUUUCGAUCACGGGACGUGGGACUGUUGCCACUGGUCGUGUUGAGAGAGGGACGAUUAAGGUUGGGGAGACCGUUGAUAUUGUGGGGUUGAAGGAUACUAGGGGUACAACAGUGACUGGAGUUGAAAUGUUUCAGAAGUUUCUUGAUGAGGCUUUGGCUGGUGAUAAUGUCGGGUUGUUGUUAAGAGGUAUUCAGAAGAUUGAUAUCCAGAGAGGGAUGGUUUUGGCUAAGCCUGGAUCGAUUACACCUCAUACAAAGUUUGAGGCGAUUGUAUAUAUUUUGAAGAAGGAUGAAGGUGGGAGGCAUUCACCUUUUUUCACUGGAUACAGGCCUCAGUUUUACAUGAGAACUACAGAUGUCACUGGGAAAGUGACUACUAUUAAGAAUGAGAAGGAUGAAGAGUCGAAAAUGGUUAUGCCUGGUGACCGUGUGAAGAUGGUUGUGGAGCUUAUUGUGCCGAUUGCUUGUGAGCAAGGAAUGAGGUUUGCUAUUAGAGAAGGAGGAAAGACUGUUGGUGCUGGAGUUAUUAAUGCCAUUAUUGAGUGAUUGAACUUGGUGGGAUGGCCUUCACUUUUGGGUGAUUCAAAGCUUCAAUCUUUUGUCUUUUUUCUUUUUUGAAAUUAGUUUUGCCCCUUGUCUCUUAAACAUGCUGGAUCCAAUGUUACAUAUGCAGCAACGAGUCUGGUUCUUGAUUUCUCAUUUCUUAGCACUCCUUUUAGUUGGAUUGUACUAUCUCAUGUUCAAAUUAAUUGUUUUAACUUUCUUUCUUA